AUGGCAAUAGCAGCACCAGGGCAGCUGAAUUUGAACGAGUCACCAUCAUGGGGAUCUAGGAGUGUUGAUUGUUUUGAAAAAUUAGAACAAAUUGGUGAAGGCACUUAUGGGAAAGAUCAAAAGUUGCUUACAAUUGGGUUUGUUUUCAUUGUAUGUAGGCAAGUCUAUAUGGCGAGAGAAAUAAUGACCGGUGAAAUUGUUGCUUUGAAGAAAAUAAGAAUGGACAAUGAGAGAGAAGGGUUUCCUAUAACAGCAAUAAGGGAAAUCAAGAUUUUAAAGAAAUUACAUCAUGAGAAUGUGAUUAACUUGAAAGAGAUUGUGACUUCUCCAGAUGGUAACAAGUAUAAAGGUGGGAUCUACAUGGUUUUUGAAUACAUGGAUCAUGAUUUGACUGGUCUCGCUGAUCGUCCUGGGAUGAGACCCCCGGAGUUGCUACUUGGGACAACAAAGUAUGGUCCAGCUGUUGAUAUGUGGUCCGUUGGUUGUAUUUUUGCUGAACUUUUGCACGGGAAACCAAUUUUCCCUGGAAAAGAUGAGCCAGAACAACUAAAUAAGAUUUUUGAGCUAUGUGGAGCCCCUGAUGAGGUUAAUUGGCCUGGAGUUUCCAAGAUUCCUUGGUACAACAAUUUUAAGCCAACAAGGCCAAUGAAGAGACGUCUAAGGGAGUUUUUCAGACAUUUUGACCGUAAUGCUUUGGAGUUAUUGGAGAAAAUGCUGACUCUUGAUCCCUCUCAGACCCCUGAGUAUCAUCAAGUUGACCCCAAGCCUUCUAUCUCUGCCAAGUGCCAAGAGAUUACCAUGAUGUCAUGCGCUGACCUAAGAAUAUCUGCCAAGGAUGCGCUGGAUGCUGAGUAUUUCUGGACUGAUCCAUUACCUUGCGACCCCAAAAGUUUACCGAAAUAUGAUGCAUCACAUGAGUUUCAGACUAAGAAAAAACGUCAGCAACAAAGGCAACAUGAAGAAAAUGCUAAGCGUCAGAAAAUGCAGCACCCACAGCAGCAUAGUCGGCUUCCACCCAUUCAACAAUCUGGGCAGGGACAUCCGCAAAUGCGUUCAGGCCCUAAUCAGCCCAUGCAUGGUUCUCAGCCCCCAGUUGCCGCAGGGCCUAGCCAUCAUUAUGGGAAGCCUCGAGGACCUGUUGGCGGACCAGGCAGGUAUCCCCCCAGUGGAACGAGUGGGGGAUACAACCACCCUAAUCGUGGUGGUCAAGGUGGCGGAACUUAUGGGAGUGGGCCAUAUCCUCCACAGGGGCGGGCUCCACCAUAUGGCUCAAGUGGUAUGUCUGGUGCACCUACACGUGGGGGUGGAGGGAGUAGCGGAUAUGGAGUUGGUGGUCCAAAUUAUCCUCAAGGUGGUCCACCAUAUGGUGGUUCAGGUGCUGGUCGUGGCUCAAACAUGAUGGGUGGAAAUCGCAACCAACAGUAUGGUUGGCAGCAGUAA